UGUGUUCUGAAUGCAGGUGGAAGGUCAUUAGUGCCACCUCACUGGUUCUGCUCCAUAGUUUUCAUUCUUUUGAAAGACGUGACGUUCCUCCGUCUGCAUCUUAAACAUGAAAGGACAAACGCCAGGAACGUGAUGCAACACACACACACACACACACACACACACACACACACACACACACACACACACACGCCCAGGUGGUUAUAAAAGCAGCUUCUGGUUUGUGUGUGUGUGUGUGUGUGAAAGAGAGAAACAGCAAGAAGGUGCUCUGACAUGAACUUCAUCCUGCUCUCUUCUCUGCUCUGCCUUGCCUGCAGUUUGCUCAUCUCUUUAGCUUCAUCUACCACUUACUCUUCUGAGCUGGAUCAUGUGACUGUGAUGUCAGCAUCAGGGGAGGAGCUUCUGAGUGCACUUGGGGAGGAUCCUGAAUCUGAUGAUGGACCUUCAGGACUGUUUACUGGACCACCCUUAGGCAAAGGUAGAGGUGGCCGCCGAAAACAUGGUGGGAAAAAGAGGAAUAAGGCCCAGGUGAUUGUGAGACAGAGGAACAGCACACCUGCACAGAAUCUCACCUCCAGCCCCGCCCAUAGCCCCUCCCAUAACUCCGCCCAUAGCACCAACCACAGCUUCACCCUCAAUCCCUGUAGCACCUCCCACAAGGAAUACUGCAUUCAUGGCUACUGCACCUACUUACACGACCUGAAGGAGCCUGUGUGUGUUUGUAUGAAGGGGUAUGAUGGUGUGAGAUGUGGUAUCCAGCUGCUGCAGACAGGCUCAGGUUCUGGGGGUCAAGGUGAUCACCAUGACGACACACUGCACAUCACACUCAUCACCAUCACAGUCGUCCUGUCAAUAAUCAGCUGUUCUGCCCUCCUACUCAUCAUCUGUGUGCACUACAGAGCUCAGCACAAUUUCCAGGCAGCGUUAUUCAGUGCUGCUGAUGAAACUGACAAACUUCAGAAGAACAGCAGCGCUGUGUGAUGAAGCUCCACUGCAGAUACAGCAGGCUGCUCAUGGAAGCACAGCUUUGGACAAACACGCUAAUAUGCUUCACCCUGAAUAUUUAUUUAUUUAUUGUAAUUUUAUUUUAUAUUGAACUAUUUUAUUAUUAAUACACAGAUCUGAUGAUGAUGAUGAAAGUGAGGAGGGAUCAUCAAUCUCAUCAUCGUCUGUCACUUGUGUGAUGUUCCUCACUAAAAGCAGACUGUAGAAACGUAGCUGUAAUGUGUUUUAUUGGUGGUUAAAGGUGUGGUGUGUAUUGUGGAGCUCCACCUGCUGCCUGUGAGGAGAACUGCAACUGAAACUCCACCUGCCUGGUGUGUAAGGGGAAAGGGGGCGUGGCUAAAUUCACUACCACUAUAGUCUAAGCAAAUUCCCCAUUACAGGUCUUAAAUAUUUACAGACUGCACCUGUAUUCUGUGGUUCACACACCUGUUUGUCCUCCAAGUCACCUCUGUAAUCUGUCAACAUUUCAGCGAUGGUCACGCUGUGACUUUUAUUGCUAAUUAUAACGCUAUGCUAAUGGUGUUGUUAAACACUGUAUGGUUGUGUGUUUAUGACAACCACUCUUUUUUGUAAAGUGCCAGUAAAAGUAUUAAAAAAUGUAACAAA